GCCGUUAUUUAGCCGGUUGAUUACCUUCGUUUAUGACACCGACGUUGACUGUGAGGAUGCCCUACGCGCUUCUAGGUAAUAAGCCCUCCAACUCCUCGUAUAACAAACAACUUCUUCUUUCAUAUGCGCCUGACUGGAUCAUAACUUUCGGUUUGGCCGCAAUAUUCUACUCGUUGAAUAAGGUCGACGGAUUUCAGAGACUGUUUUCGCUCACUGACAUCUCUUUAAGACAUCCCUAUGCGGUACGUGAACGGGUCCCGGUUCUUGCGUUAUAUCUGAUCAGCGUUGUAGCCCCAUUCUCCAUUCAAUGUAUCGUAAACUUCAUCACCGUUCGCUCGUGGUGGGAUUUCCACAAUAGUACCCUAGGACUGGUUUUGGGACUCGUCUUGACAGGUUCGAUAACCCAGUUCACGAAAAUCACGGUCGGAAGGCCUCGACCAGAUAUCAUUGAUCGUUGUCAGCCUAUAACGGGAUCAGUAGAUCCAAUAUUCGGUCUAUCAAGUGCUGCAAUUUGUACCCAAACUGAUUCGUACAUCAUGAGGGAUGGUUUUCGCUCCUUUCCUUCUGGGCAUUCAUCAAUGUCCUUCGCCGGUCUUGGGUUCCUAGCGUUUUAUCUAGCCGGCAAACUUCAUCUGUUCGAUCGUAAGGGGCAUGUUGGAAAAGCCUGGAUAUCUCUUGCGCUUUUCGCCGGUGCAGCCUUGGUGGCGAUAUCGCGGACCAUGGAUUACCGUCAUCAUUGGCAGGAUGUGGUUGUGGGAUCGCUUCUCGGAACCGUUAUGGCUUACUUUUCUUACCGUCAGUAUUUCCCAAGUCUAGCGGCAGAUAUGUGUCAUCUUCCUCAUGCCCCUCGUAUCACACGGGAGACAGAGCACGGUCUCCCCGUGCACUUCAGUCGGCAUCCUUCCGCAGCAUCACGCUAUUCUGCUCUUGGUGGUAACCCACAGCCUCCUCCGGGGCAUUACACUGAUGAUCCAUCUUCUUCCGCCAGUAUUCUUGAGCUCGAGGGGAGGUCUGCUGACGGAACGUUGUUGCGACCCAACAAUGACUCCUCGCCGGACCUAUGGGAUCAGGGUGAGGAAAUAGCUCCUCGUGUGUAGCUGUCCGAGUCUUCAUUGGAUUAGCAUACAUCUUGUACUACCUGCCUUUAGUUUAGUGUGAAUCUAUCAUUCAUAUUUUUGCUAGUA